AUGUCCUCCCGACCUCCUGCGGUCAACGCCGCCGACCGGCCCGGAGCACGCCGCCCAAUCCAGUCCCGUCCAAGGCCAUCCGGGCGGGCACACCGCCAGUCCACUUGCUCUGCGCGCGACGUCGUCGGCCUACUCGCACGCGCCUCCCUUCACGGCGACCUCGCCUUGGCCGAGAGCCCGAGAGCAGCAGGGUGGAGCAACAUCCCCGUGUGUAGCAGAUCUAGCCGCCAAGGGAAGAGAGGUCUGGACAGAACACCAUUGGAUUGGGAAACUAGAGUAAGGAUAGCCCUGGGUGCAGCUAGAGGGAUCGCACACAUUCACACCGAGAACAAUGGGAAAUUUGUUCAUGGCAACAUCAAGGCCUCAAAUGUUUUCCUCAACGGCCAGCAAUAUGGCUGCAUCUCUGACCUUGGCUUGGCAUCACUGAUGAACCCGAUAACAGCAAGGUCCCGUUCUCUGGGAUACUGCGCACCUGAGAUCACCGACACAAGGAAAUCGACGCAGUGUUCUGAUGUCUACAGCUUCGGUGUCUUCAUACUCGAGCUCCUCACAGGCAAGUCGCCCGUUCAGAUAACCGGCGGGGGCAAUGAGGUUGUGCACCUUGUCAGGUGGGUGCAGUCGGUUGUCCGGGAGGAGUGGACGGCCGAAGUGUUUGACGGCGAGCUGAUGAGGUACCCUAACAUCGAGGAGGAGAUGGUGGAGAUGCUUCAGAUCGCGAUGGCAUGCGUCUCAAGGACCCCAGAACGGCGACCGAAGAUGCUGGACAUGGUGAGGAUGCUUGAAGAGGUUGGCAGGAAUGACAUUGGAACACGGCCUUCGACGGAGGCCUCCACUCCGGUGGGCACUACAGGAAUGGGGCUAUAUGCCGAGGGCCGGGAACCCUCGGCGUAG